AUGUCUACCGUCAAGAACACCCUUUCAGAUCGGCCGAGUGCCUCGGAUGUUCACAACACCAUCAAGAGUCUCAUACAAAAUCUCAUCAACAUUAAAGACGAAACCGGUCGUUUCCUCCUCCACCUAGAUGACGGUCGCAUAAUUGAUACCAAAUCUUGGAAUGGUUGGGAGUGGACCCACGCUAUUGGCCUGUACGGAAUUUGGAAGUACUACGAGUUUACGGGGGAUGUUUCCCUACUUGUCAUCAUCGAAGAUUGGUUUGCAGCAAGGUUUGUCGAAGGGGGAACAACAAAGAAUAUCAACACAAUGGCAGUAUUCCUCACCCUCGCUUACGUUUAUGAGAAAACGAAAAACCCAAUCUACCUCCCUUGGCUAGAUACAUGGGCUGAAUGGGCAAUGCACGAGCUACCCCGUACGCGGUACGGCGGUAUGCAGCACAAAACCUACGCGAUGGAGCACAAGCAGCAGCUAUGGGACGAUACCCUUAUGAUGACGGUCUUACCGCUCGUGAAGAUCGGCAAACUACUCGGUCGCGAACAUUAUAUUACCGAGGCGAAGAAACAACUACUGAUACAUGUCAAGUAUCUUUGCGAUCCUAAGAGUGGUCUCUUCUACCAUGGCUGGACAUUCGAGGAGGGUGGUCAUAACUUCGCGGGAGCUAAAUGGGCUCGUGGUAACAGUUGGGUCACCAUUGUUAUCCCGGAGAUCAUUGAGCUGAUGGAGCUUCCAUCUACCGAUCCGCUGAAGACUUAUCUUGAAGAUACACUCGAUGCUCAGUGCCAUGCCUUGCAAGGUCUACAAGAGCCAUCGGGCUACUGGCGCACAUUGUUGGAUCACAAUGAUGAAGGUUCAUAUAUUGAAGCUUCUGCUACCGCGGGAUUUGCGUUUGGUCUUCUCAAGGGUAUGCGUAAACGCUAUAUUGGAAAACAGUACCGCGAUGUUGCGGAGAGUGCCAUCAAGGCAGUGCUGGAUUCAAUUGACGAGAAUGGUGAAUUGCAGAAUACCAGUUUCGGAACUGGUAUGGGUGACACGUUGGACCAUUAUCGCAAUAUUGCUGUGACAGCUAUGCCAUAUGGACAGGCAAUGGCAAUGAUGGCUCUUGGAGAGUAUCUGCGAACAUACAUUUGA